AUGCUGGAAAACUACAUCCUAGGUAAAAGUUUGCAUACAGUAUUAGACACUCGCAUAAUAAUAAAAUCUCUCACAGGCGAGCUGGUCUUAUCCUCUGAUGAAACCACAAUCAAAGUCGACGAGUUUAGCUGCGAAACCAAAACGAACAAGCGACCAGUGAUACACCACCAUCGAACGGCGAACAUCGAGCCCACGCUUCAGCUAGAAGUGGAGGAAGCAACGCCAGAGCUCGAUUAUGAAACGCAGGACUACAACAUUGCCAAUUGUAUUCUCAAUUCCUCUUCUCUCGACGAUGCCGACUCCUUGAACUACUCGAUUGAAAGUUCAUCCUUUUUACAGCUUGAAUCUAGAUGGAAGCUGGCGAAUAACAGAAACAAAGAUGGAUCAAAAACUCAGAAAAUCAUGAUAUUUGCAAAACCAUCCUUCAAUCAAAUGUUCGCAAACGUUACCUGUCAGGCAAUCACGUUGCCCAACGAGCUCGUUCCUUCGAAUAAAAAUCUUCUGAAAAGAGGCUAUCCUGAUUCAACACUAGUCUAUUUCGAUGCAAACGGUACCGAGCUAUCUAACGAGUCCGACUCUAAUUCUGGCGUCAAUAUCACCACUUCUGGCACGUAUGAAUGCUCUGCAUUCAAUGCGGUUGGAAUGGAUUCAAAGGCGAUUAAAAUCUCAUCCGGUGGCCUUGGUUUAACAAAAGAAAAUGUCCACGUGAUGAAGCCUACAAAGAAACUGAUCUUGGAAGCAUCCAGCGUUUUCGACUAUCCAUUACAGGUUAACUGGCGACAUAAUCUUGAUUAUCUUCCGCGAACACUGCAUCAAGAAGAAAUUGAACUUUUGCCAGAUGGAAGAGUUAAGACGACGUCUAAACUUCGAGUCUCAUCUGACGAUAAUUUGACGCUGAAAGAAGGAGGGCUGUACGAGGCUGAGUUCAUUAUCGGCUUGAAUGGAUCGCACUACAUCUCAAACCAGCGAUUUGAUGUCAAAGUCGAGGUUCCACCGAAAAGGGAAAAUAUCAAAAUCGAAGCGAGCCCGUCAGUCGGUCAAAUCGCUCGAGGCGAAAACGUGAAAGUCUCUUGUCGAUAUGAAUUUGACGAGGAUCAUCUGAUUCAGCCAUCAACACACCUAAACGAUGGAGAAGAAGAUCUUGUCAUUGAAAAACUGGAAAGCCCGGUUGAAAUUACUUGUUUGGCGAAGAAUACAGCAGGAAAAGCAUCAGCCAAGAUGAUUCUCAUCCCAAACUCUCCACCAGAAAUCACGUCUCUUGACUUUGAUACAAACAAGAAUAUUGUUUGCAAUGCAACUGGCUUUCCAGAGCCAACAGUAACGAUUCAACUUCCAAAUGGAACAUCAAGAAACGAAAACACUAUCGCUAAGUCCAAAACAUCAAGCGGAAUUUAUCGCUGCACCGCUUCGAACCUGCUUGGACAAGCAUCCGUCAUUCGUCAAAUUGAUCCCUUCGACGCUGCCGCCAUAGCACUUGUCGUCUCCGCUACUGCAGCCUUUGUUCUAUUAAUUGUGCUUCUGUCACAUAAGCUUUCUCCGAUCAAAAUGCCCGGCGCGAGGUGCGGUACGAUGGACAUUCCACAGGAACAUCGUCCGAGCGAAAGUUACAGGCAGCGUCGGAGCGCUGAACCCAUCGCUCAUCAAAUUCCUCAGAAAUACAUCAUCAGCAGCAGCUCGUCAGGCUCGUCCGAUCCAGACUCACCCCAAGUUGUCGUUCUUCAACCACCAUCAUUCUGA